AUGGGAUUCAUCAAGAAAAGCCACCAUGACAAAAAACCUAGCUCCAAAAGCUCUCUGAAUAGCCCAAAUCACGAAAGAAAAGAUGACGGUGUUGUAGAGCUUCUGGUAAACAUCGAGUCUCCUCCGUGUGUCUUGUAUGGGUCAGUAACGGAAUCUACGGGAGCACUUUUGAGUGGUCUUUUAACGCUGCGAGUAAGACACCCAAAUGAUGUGGUUUCCGCUAGUGAGUCCCUGACGCCCGUGAGCUCGCACGGUCGUUCUAAGAAAAGUGGCACUAGUUUGAACGCUUUAACUCACACAUUUUCCAAUCUGUCUAUGAAAAACUCCACCAUAAGCCCUGUGGAGUCAGCCAAGUCUGCGAAAAUUCCGUCUCUUCAUUACUCUACGGUUUCAGUUCAGUCUGUGAGCAUUUCCCUCGUUCAAAAAGUCCGUUUUGCCAAACCAUUCGUAGCAGACUGUCCGACCAUCAAGGAAUGUAACGACUGCUGCAGGAAAGUUACGGAACUUGCAAGAUGGGACGUUUUAACCAAAGAAACAGAGAUACCACUUGGUGAUCACGUAUAUCCGUUUUCUCAUCUAAUUCCUGGUUCAGUUCCUGCCACAGUGGCUAUUGGGAUUGACAGCAAAUCUGAGGUAAAGUAUGAACUUGUCGCUGUGGCGUCGUACAAAUCAGUCCGUACAGAUCAGAGUUCAGUAAAUUUCAAACCAAAAGUAUUACUGAGAUUACCAGUUCCCGUAACCCGAAGCAUUAUUCGCGGGCCAGAUAGAAAUUUACUGAGAAUUUUCCCACCCACAGAUUUAGUUGCAACAGCUGUUCUUCCGAACACCAUCUACCCGAAGUCUACUUUUCCAUUGGAAUUGAAGAUUGACGGAAUAUCUUCAGUAGAUAGGCGGUGGAGAAUGCGUCGACUCAAUUGGAAAAUUGAGGAAAAGUCGCGGGUAAGGCUUAACGCUUGUGACGUUCACAAAUCCAAACUAAAGCAGCUGGAAAAAGAAGUGGCAGAAUCCGAAUCUCGAAAGAAAGCUACUAAAACAAAACCUGUUAAAAGGAGCCACGAUGCGGCUCCCCAGAUAACAACAUCAGUUUGCACUCUUGAAGAUGCACUCUCAAGCUCAGAUGCACCAGAUGAUGCUAACGCUGUAGAUCAACCCGCCACUGAACAGGAGCAGGAAGAAGAGGAUAACGCUUCCGAUGACAAUAGCCUAAUCCACCCAAGCGACCAUGCGUUACGCCAAGAACGUGUGGCAGAACAGCAACGUUUGAAAACGGAAAUGCUGCGACAGCAGUUGCCACAAGGUACUGCUCUUUUUACAGAAGCCUUGAGAACCAUAGCCCAUGGAGAAGUAAAAAAUGGAUGGAAAAGCGAUUUCAGUGGUAAAGGUAAAGUGGAAUUAGUCACGGAAAUCAAUUGCAUGGGGCUUAACUCAGGGGUUGCUAAUCCCAUCACUCGGGUAUCGAGUUCCCACACUAUGCCGGACGCCAGCCCACUGCCUGUAACGGUUGCUUGUGAUGUGGAGGACCCAAAGCUGGGCAUAUACGUUCAACAUCUACUGGUCCUGGAAGUCAUUGUUGCCGAAGAGAUGCUUCAGUAUGCUAACGGUCAACCUCUUCAUGCAGAACCCAAUUCCAGUUCCGUCGCCACACCUGUUACUACAAGUGUCGACCCGAGAUUGGCGGAACUGUCUCCAAUGGUGGCCUCGCGAAACAUGUCUGCCACAGCGCUCGCUAGUGAAAGAUCCGGUCCACCUGAUCUUACACCGACAACCUCGAAUAGCGCCCCUAGAUCAGCUACAAAUCACCGUGUUGUGGGUGUACCCACGGGAGCAGCUCGUGUCUUAAGAAUGCAAUUCCGUCAAACAAUCACGGAGAGAUCGGGACUUGGGAUAGCGUGGGAUGAUGAAGUUCCUCCAACGUAUCAAGAUGUUAGGCUAUUGUCCCCACCGAGCUAUUUGCGGGCGACGAACCACAAUACGUCGUCUGCUAAUCAAAAAACAUGGAGUCAGGAUAGCGGUUCGGACUUGUUGGAUAAGAGUGAUGAGAGAAAUAUGCCUAAACCACCACCGCAAGCCUAUUCGCACAAUAGCAGUAGCGUACAGCUGACUCCCGUACAGUCUCCUCAAUUGCUGAAUGUCAUUAGCAUUCAAGGUAAUGCUGCCCCUGCUAGCGUUCUGACUCCUUUUAAUACACAGGAGGUUCAAUUACCUAGUUUAUCGGAACUCAUGGACACUGACAGAAUCACUCAGUGA